AUGGAAAUCUGUACGGAAGCAGAUCUGACCUCAGUCUCACAGAGACUGCACAACCACUUCGCAACACUUACCUUGGAUCGACAGAACCGAGUAGGAUUACUGAAGAAAACAAGUUGGGCACUGUACGACAAAGAGUAUAUGGGGAGAUUGAUCGACGAUAUCGCCACGUCCAUCAACGAACUCGAAAAGGUCUUUCCCGUUGCACCCCAAGCUAUACAGCGCCUUGCCAGGAUGGAGGUUGAAGAGCUGAAUGAUGAGCACGAGUUGAAAAUGCUCCAGGAUGUUACCAAAGGCUUGGAUCCCGUCUUGAAAGAUAUGACCGAGCACAGGCUUCAAGAGCUCACAGGGAAGAACUCGGCUGGGCGAGUCGCGGGGAAUGGAAGCGUCAACAUUGGACAUACUUUUGUGAAAGAUUCGUUUGUUCAGGGUCAAGGGCCCAGAGACAACACGACCAACCACGUCGAUGAAAUUGAUGGUGGAGAAAAGUCGCGGGUUAAUGUUGGUAACACUUAUGGUGGAAAGGGAUUUUGGGACUGA